AUGCCUUCAAGAAGCUUGAAGCGACGCCCCGAGCCAUCUACAUCCCAGGGCCGUCCAGCGCGGCGCCAGAACAUCGGGUCUUCAUCAACUCCACGCCCAUCUCUCAAUGCAAGAAGCUCGCGGCCCUUGUUCUGCACCCCUUCGCCUCGCCGCCACCUUGAAGAGUCGUCCCAGAUCCUGACCGAAAAUGAUUCAGUCAUGGGGCGUGACGAGUGUGAGAGCUCACAGGACGAUGUCAUCCUCGCACUUGAACUUCGGGGCAAUGGGGGCUUCGGAUCUGCUCUCUAUACCUCUGCGGACGAGCACCUACUUAUCCAGCAGGAUACCUCGGGAGGCCUCGAGCUCGUCGAUUUGCUACUAAUCCAAGCUCAGCCCACAGUCAUCAUUAUACCAAACCGCGCCUCUGACGAGUUGGUCGCAUACCUGGAGAAACUUACCCCAGGCAUCGAUGGGAGCAGUCGCGAAGGCACUAUGAAGGGAGCUUAUGUUUUACAAGCCAUAGGGUCGUCCGAGUUUGACCCCCACACGGCAAAGGCGAGACUUGCCAAGCUGAAGCUCGACACUUUAGGCCACCCGGAUCUCCUCAUGACCACCGCUAGCGAAUACGACCCGAUGGACACCGAGGAUGAUAGGCCACGCCUCGGUCAAGUUCAGGCAAGCCUGAGACUCGGGUCCUUGAUCAAUCUCCAGAGCCACUUGUCGGUCGGGUGCGCUGGGGCCGUGAUUGGCGAGCUUCAGCGCCGGACGGCCUCUGAUUACCUGGCCCAAGACCCGGCAGCUGCGUCCGCAUACAGCAUCAUGGCUGUCAACUUGUUCAACCUUGCCGACUUGAUGCUUGUGAAUCAGGACACCUUGGACGCUCUCCAGAUCAUUCGCUCCGAGCGCCACCCAAACAACCAGAUGAACAAUCCCAGCAGAGGAGACUCGGGCGCCAAAGAGAGCCUCUCCGUCUAUGGCCUGUUCCAGAGGCACGCAUGCACACCCCAGGGGAAACUGAAGCUUAAGCAGGCGUUCCUCUGUCCAAGCACCAAUAUGGAGCUCAUCCGAGAGAAGCAUCGCACCGUUGCCGUGCUAAUGCGGCCGGAGAACACAGAGACCUACAACCUACUGACCAAAAAGCUAAAGAUGAUCCGAAAUAUGAAAACAGUCAUGGGCAACGUUCAGAAAGGAGUGGACAAGCCCUCGGCGCAGACAUCGGCGAAGAGGAACGUAUGGCAGAGCUUGCAGUACUUUUCCAAAUUCAGUGUCGAGAUUUUCGGCCUUGUGCGGACGCUAGUCGGAGGUGAAGUGAUUGGCACAAAGGCAAGUGGCGCAAUCGUGAAGCCGGCAGAGAUGAUGAAGAUCGGGAAGAUGGUCUCCGACACAGUCGACUUCGAAGCAUCCGAGGUGGCCAACAAGACGGUGGUGUGCCACGGGGUUGACCAAGUGCUCGAUCAGCUGAAUCACCGAUUCAACGGCAUGGAGAGCUUUCUCGUUGAAGUCACACGACGAGUUGUGAUAGAUGUCCCGCUAGAGUCGAGACAGUACAUUCAGCAAUGCGUCUACUACCACCAGAUCGGUUUCCUGACCGUUGUCUAUGUGGACCCAGACACGGGCGAGCCACUGUAUGAAGGCCCAGGGUCAGACCCCGAGGGCUAUUGGGAGAGGAAGUUCGUGGAUGAGAACAACAUGCACUUUAAGAAUCACCACAUGAGAGAGCUGGACGAGGUUUAUGGUGACAUUGUCUCCCAGAUCAAUGGCCGAGAGAUCGAGAUUCUGCAUAGGCUCCGGCUCGAGGUUAUGGCGUGCAAAGACGCCAUACUGUCGACUUCCAACUUUUGGGGAGAGCUGGACAGCUUCGUGGCACUGGCUGGCGCUGCUCACCAAUACAACCUCUCGGCACCAGAAAUGACGGACGAGAACAUCAUCGAUAUCAAAGAUGGCCGACACCUCCUUCAGGAGCUCGUGGUGCCGUCUUUCAUUGCCAACGAUUGCCAGCUAGUCGGUGGCUCGGGCAACGAAGACAUGCAGGCCCCCGACAGCCAAGACGGCGAGAAGACGCCAAACAUACUUAUCCUCACGGGGCCGAACCAUUCGGGGAAGAGCGUCUUUCUGAAACAAGUGGCUCUCAUCGUCUAUCUCGCCCACGUGGGAAGCUUUGUGCCUGCGGAGAGUGCCAGGCUUGGCAUCGUUGACAAGAUACUGACGAGGAUUACGACCCGGGAGAGCGUGACGGGGGAUGAAAGUGCCUUUGCCACCGACAUUCGGCAGGCGGCAUUUGCGAUGAACCAUGCAACCUGCCGCAGUCUCGUGCUUGCAGACGAGUUUGGAAAGGGAACCAAUGCCAUCGACGGUGCGGCCUUGGCGGCAGGGCUCUUCUGGUACUUUGCGACUAGAGACGAAGCUACGAGGCCAAAGGUUCUGGCGGCAACACACUUCCACGAGAUAUUUGAGCAGCAUGUCCUUGAUGAGACGCCCAACAUCGGCUACGCACACAUGGAUGUCAGAAUCGACUCGGAGGCCAGCGAGCGCGAGAACCAGAUCACGUUCUUGUACAGCCUGGUCCCCGGCCGGAGCACAUCUAGUUUCGGCGCCUGGUGCGCGUGGAUGAACGGGGUCGAUGAAAAUAUAGUGAAGCGAGCAGAAGAACUCAGUGCCUACAUGGCCCGCGGUGAGAACAUCUCGGCGCUCACGAGGCUGUCCCGCGACGAGGAGAGGCGGCUCGAAGUAGCAGAGAGAGCCGCGCGCGAGUUUGUGCGGGCAAACAUAGCGACUCCAGGUGAAGAGGAAGGGAGUGAGGGCUAUGAAGACGACCAGGCUGCCGAACAGCCCCGCGACCUCCUUAACAGGAUCUUGGCCAUGUAUGAUGAAGUGGACGGCUCGGGCGAUCUAUCACGGUCUGAGUCGGCCCGAUCAGACUUCUCUUGA